AUGGAACCACUUCGCAAGAAGAAAAAGAUUCCCCAUGAUGAUGUCUGCUUUGGCAGCAUUGUGAAGGAAGAAAAUAAUCAUCACAAUGACGAAAAUGUAAAAAUAAUAUUUGAUGAUAGGUUGGAAAGUUUAAUGUUGAAGAAACAACUAGGAGGAAACAAAAUUAAAUUAAUUUCUCAAACAAGGACUUGUCUUACGGAGUUUACUGUACCAGAUUUAUCUCCCUAUCAAUCUUUGGAGCGAGUAAGAGUGUGUCCACAUAAAGAGUGGCUUCUUCUUUAUUGUAGAGGUGAAAAACAUAUUCGUAUUUAUGAUAUGAAGAGUUCGAGUUUGAUUCGAAAAAUUAAACUAAAUAGUAAUAACUAUUUUGAAGUGGACAGUGUUGGAGAGCAUUUGUAUGAAUUUAGUGAUGAGGAAUUGAGGAAAAAGAGACUCGAUGAUUUAUCAUUAGUGUGGACUGUUUCAUUGUCUGGGUAUAAUAGUUGUUGUUUUACAAUUUGUGAAUCUAAGAAUGAAUUGUACACUGCUUGGUGUAACUCUACUGACUUGAAAGUUAGUAUUUUGGAUAUGAAUGAUGGAUCAACCAAAAGGACAAUUCUAAGAGAAUAUAGCUUCUACCACUCACCUUUGUUAUCGUUCAUUACCUAUAAUGAAAAAGAGGACCAUGUUUAUGUGUCCAUUAUUGAUGAGAACUGUACUUAUACUUCAGAGCAUAUUGUUGUAAUUAUUGAUGAAAAAAAUGACACAAGGUCUAGUAUCUGGGUUGAGGACCAAGUUGGUUUCUUUCUGUCCUAUCGAAACUACUUUAUUUGUUCAACAACAUUUGGAGAAGUAUUUGUUUAUGAUAAGAAAACAAAUGAUUUAUUGUUUAAAUUUAAAGAUGGCCUUGGAUAUAGUGGUAUUUCAUAUUUUGAUAACUCAACUAAUGUAUUUCAACAAUAUUAUCAUAAUACAUUUAAUUUAACAACAUUUCACAACGACAUUGAGGAAAAUAUCAUUGAAAGACCACUCAACAAGGAGAUUUGUCUUGCACUUGAGAAAUUGGGAGGCAAAUUACCAUCUUUCAUUCCAAAGGUUCAAAAUGAUAACGAAUAUGUUAUUCCAGAAUGUUUACAAUAUCUAUUGAGUGUUAAGUUUGAAAAUUCAAAAUUUUGGUAUAUUGAUGAAAACAUUGCAAAAUACUUUUCUUUUGGAUGUGACUGUUCACUUGAUAUUACAUGGAUGGAAGAAAAUGGGGCAUUCUUGAUUGGAGGUUCAGAUCAAGGCAAGUUUUCAAACUGUCUGGUUGUCAAGAAAUCAGAAAUUUCAAAUGAUGAUUUUUCAAUUUAUUUACGCUAUCAAAACGAAUCAAAAGAUGAAUAUAUAAUUAAGAGUUUUAACCUCUCAGAGUUUAUUUCUAAAUUGAGAGUUGCAGAGCAUAUCAAAGUGAAUGAUAGAUACGAAUAUUUGAUUAACUUUGAAAUGAUUUAUGAAGAAUUAUUAUUGAAAAGAAUUAUCAAUCCAGAAACGAGAGAAAUUGAUCAAUCUAUUCUAUUGGAACAUUAUCAAAUCAUUAUUAAUCGAAGAACUAUAACAUAUGAAGCUUUAAUGAAACAUUUCCAAAAUUCAACAAUUACUUUUGAUAAUAUGGAUUUCAAAAAGAUUGAUUUAAUUACUUUAUCUGAAUUAUGUAGUGAGCAUUGCCUUAUAAAAAUCUAA